AUGAAUUUUUCUUUGGAUCUUUUUGCUUUUGUCCUCCUGAAAACUUCAUUGAAUUGUUUCUUUAAUUUUUUUUCUUUUUGUCUACUUUUCUGUCUUUCUUUUUUUUUUCUUUUUUCCAAACUUUUUACCUUCCCUUUCUAUUUUUUAGAUGUUUUACGUUUCUUUCUUUACUUCUUUCUUUCUUUAAGACAUUUCUUAUCUUUCUUACUGACUACCUUGCUAUGUUUACUGCGUUCAUUCUUGCUUAUUUUCACUCUUUUUGCAACAUUCUUUCUUUCAUUCUUUCUUUCUUUUUCUUUCUUUUUACCUGUCCAUUUACUUUUUAGGCUUUUUAACUUUCUUUCUUUCAGACAUUUUGUUUCUUUUACUUCAAAUAAUUUUCUUUUCUUUCAAAUUCCAUCAAUCUGCUCUUUACCCUUAUUAUCCUUGAUUUCCCUUUCUUUCUUUUCCUUUUCUUUCUUUCUUUCUUUCUUCAUUUCUUUUUCCUUCAUUUUAUCUACCGAUUUUCCUUAA